CAACAAUUGCAACCCAAGAUACCCUGGCAAUUUUACAGAAAUGCCCCCCAAACUCCUCGCUUUUCUCAUCCUAGCCCUCCUCGCGGCCUCCGCCGACGCAGCGCGGCGCCACCCGUCUCCGGCGGACUCGACAGCCUCCUCCGGAGGAGUAGGAGGAGACCCCGUCUACCUAUGGCCGCUGCCGAAGAGCUUCACAUCCGGCUCCCAGACCCUGCUGGUCGACCCUGACCUCGCGCUCGACGCCCAGGGCCCCGGCGGCGGCGCCGCCGCGGUCGCCGAGGCGUUCGAGAGGUACAGGAAGCUCACCUUCUCCCCCUGGGCGCACGCCGCGCGUAACGGCUCGGGAGGGUACGACGUCGCCAGGCUCGCCGUCGUCGUGGCCUCCGCUGAUGAGACGCUGGAGCUGGGAGUGGACGAGAGCUACACGAUCUACGUGGCGGCGGCCGGCGGCGUCAAUUCCAUCGUUGGUGGAGCAACCAUAGAGACUAAUACCAUAUAUGGAGCUAUUCGUGGAUUAGAGACAUUCAGUCAAUUGUGUGUUUUUAACUACGAUACCAAAAAUGUCGAAGUGCGUCAUGCCCCAUGGCACAUUCAAGAUGAACCACGCUUUGCUUUUCGUGGGUUGCUCCUUGACACAUCAAGGCAUUUCCUCCCAGUAGAUGUGAUUAAGCAAGUGAUUGACUCCAUGUCAUUUUCUAAGCUGAAUGUUCUUCAUUGGCAUAUCAUCGACGAGCAAUCUUUUCCACUAGAAGUACCAUCAUAUCCAAAUCUAUGGAAGGGUUCAUAUUCAAAAUGGGAGCGCUACACCGUGGAAGAUGCACGUGAUAUUGUCAGCUAUGCUAGGAAAAGAGGUAUCCAUGUCAUGGCUGAAAUUGAUGUUCCUGGCCAUGCAGAAUCAUGGGGAAAAGGAUAUCCAAAGCUCUGGCCUUCUCUUAAAUGUAGAGAACCGUUAGAUGUUACUAGCAAUUUCACAUUUGAAGUAAUUUCUGGAAUUUUGUCUGAUAUGAGAAAAAUCUUUCCAUUUGGGCUCUUUCACUUGGGUGGUGAUGAAGUAUAUACAGGUUGCUGGAAUACAACACCCCAUGUAAGACAGUGGCUUCAUGAACACAACAUGACUACAAAAGAUGCUUACAAAUACUUCGUUCUAAAGGCUCAAGAGAUAGCAAUCAAUCUUAAUUGGAUUCCAGUAAAUUGGGAAGAAACCUUCAACUCAUUCAAAGAAAAUCUCAAUCCUCUAACCGUGGUGCAUAACUGGCUGGGCCCUGGAGUGUGCCCUAAAGUUGUUGAAAAGGGUUUCAGAUGUAUAAUGAGCAACCAAGGUGUAUGGUACCUUGAUCAUCUUGAUGUUCCCUGGGAAGAUUUCUACACUAGCGAGCCACUCGCUGGAAUUAAUAACACAGCACAGCAAAAGCUUGUACUUGGUGGAGAGGUUUGCAUGUGGGGUGAGACAGCAGACACCUCUGAUGUUCAGCAAACAAUAUGGCCAAGAGCAGCAGCAGCAGCAGAGCGUAUGUGGAGUCAGUUGGAGGCCAUAUCUGCCCAAGACCUGGAAACAACUGUCUUGGCUCGGUUACAUUACUUCAGAUGCCUGCUGAAUCACCGGGGAAUCACUGCAGCUCCAGUCACAAACUCCUAUGCUCGGCGCCCCCCAAUCGGUCCUGGUUCGUGCUUCAUUCAAUAAACAGGACCUGUGGAGCAAAGAUAGGCAUAAGAGGGGUACUUGCCUCCAUACACCUUCCAUACUUCCAACAAAAUGGUAUCCUGUCAGCUUUAUUGUACUGUUUCUGUAUGUUUGUUUUCAUUACAUUAUCUAUCGCACAGAUGUUAGACAAUAAAUUAUUACAAGCCAUCGU